AUGGGAUGUGGAGCAUCAACUACGCCUUCGCUGCCAGCUAUUCCUGUUCCGAUUUCGACAAAUGUUCAUCGUGAAACGUGUGAGAGAUCAAUUCAGACAAGUGCCAUAAAUCUUCGUGAAAGUCCUCAAGAACCAUCGUUCAUCCCCAUAAAGAAAGUCGAAUUGUCGCUUGAUCAACAACGAACACUAAGCGAAGACAGUCCAAAGAAUCCGCGCAAAGAUCUUCUCAGUAAUAAACAAUACCGUGAAUAUAUUGAUGGACAAUGCAAUAAUGUUCAAUCCAUUUCUGAGCUUGUAAAAAAAAUUGAAACUUAUUCGUCCAAUGAUUUCAUUCGAGCUUGGCUAACCUUCUAUUGGAUCGCGAAAAAUAUCAAAUAUGUCAACGGUCAUGUUGACAAUGCAGCUGAUGUUGUAUUUCGUACUAAGAGGGGAGUUUGCCGUGGAUUCACAUACUUAUUCAGUGAAUGCUGUCGAUUGUUGAAUAUCGAAUGUGUUGACGUUCCUGGCUAUGUUAAAGAAAAUUGGUUUCGAAUUGGUGAUGCUCUACAACAAGCAACGCAUGUUUGGAAUGCAGUCAAACUCGGUGGACAUUGGUAUUUACUCGAUGCAACAUGGGGCGCUGGUAGUUCUAGUGCGAAUAAAUUAGAAGAAUUCUAUUUUCUUACAUCACCUGAUCAACUGAUCUACACUCAUUUGCCCACGGAAGAUAUGUGGCAAUUAUUGUCACCUACGGUAGCUAAACAACAGUUUUUAGAUUUACCAAUUGUUAAGUCAGUUUAUUAUCGGUUGAAUUUGAAACUAAUUUCUCCUCAACAGUGCGUGGUUGAAACAAAUCAACCAUUGUUUGAAGUGACUAUUAAGACGCCUUCACCGGAUGUUACAUUAACUACCACUAUGAAGAUCGGUAAUGAUGAAUAUCCAAACUGUCAUAAAUUUUGUCAAUAUGAUCAUCGAGAUCAACUAACUCGAUGUUAUUUUNUACCAAUUGUUAAGUCAGUUUAUUAUCGGUUGAAUUUGAAACUAAUUUCUCCUCAACAGUGCGUGGUUGAAACAAAUCAACCAUUGUUUGAAGUGACUAUUAAGACGCCUUCACCGGAUGUUACAUUAACUACCACUAUGAAGAUCGGUAAUGAUGAAUAUCCAAACUGUCAUAAAUUUUGUCAAUAUGAUCAUCGAGAUCAACUAACUCGAUGUUAUUUUGGUCUGACGAACGAUGGUAAAGCCAACUUUGUUUUCUCUUCUGUCCUCUCUUAUUUUCUUAUAUUAGGUGUCUAUGAUUUAAUAAUCUAUGGUAAGACUAAGGAAGAAAAUACGUAUGAAGGUGCAAUUCAUAUGCGUCUGAAAGUUCGCGAUCUUCUUCAAACGCCACUAUUUCCAACAUUUUAUCGACCAUUCAAUGAACAUCACUGUACGUUGAUCGAACCAUUUCGACGGGUUGUGCAUCUAGGUGAACGUAUUACCAUAAGAAUGUAUAUACCCGAUGCAACGUCAGUUAGAGUUCAAAAUGGUAAUCAAAGCAUGUCGACGUAUGGUUUCGAAAAUCAGAUCUUGACGAAAGAUGUUGUUGUUGAAGGGGAUGUAACAGUCUCUGCUAUUUUUGACAGAACAGAGAUCUUUCAAGCUAUCUGUAAGUUUGAUAUGGCAUGA